GAGUCUUACCUCAUCGUUUACAGACUCGUGGCCAAAACAUCUCUCUCUUCGCCGCCGUGGCCUGAAGUGAAACUGCCAGAUCCAGUGGAAGAAGCAAAGUAUCAUGCAGAGGUGGUCCAAAAGGUGAACAAGAUGAUCGCAACUGGGCAGUAUGGGCGGCUCUUUGCUGUGGUCCACUUUGCCAGCAAGCAGUGGAAGGUAACCAGCGAGGACUUGAUCAUGAUGGACAACGUGCUGGAGGCUGAAUGCGGGGACCGCAUCCGGAUGGAAAAGGUUUUGCUGGUUGGUGCUGAUGACUUCACGCUGAUUGGAAGGCCGCUCCUAGGGAAAGAUCUUGUCCGCGUGGAGGCUACCGUGAUUGAAAAGACGGAGUCGUGGCCAAAAAUUAACAUGCGCUUUUGGAAGAGACACAAUUAUCAAAGGAAAAAAAUCAUCACGAACCCGCAGACCGUCCUCCGGAUAAACACCAUAGACAUUUUCCCCUGUUUGUCGUGACUGAUUGAUUGAUUGGGUGUUGCGUGGCUUAGGGCUUAUUAUUGCUUGGAGGCAAUUAUGGAAAUAAAACCACCUUGUCAUUGGAAA